AUGCCCGGGGACGAUUCGCCUCACGCCUCAUCCGUCCGGGAAGCGCAACGCGCUUCUCAGCAUUUGGGCACAGAUGGAGCUACGAUGCAGCCUGGCUCUUCUGCUGCCCGAGAAACGUCUCGCAGUCCGCAGCCCCCGAAAUAUUCCCUGCGCUCGCUAGCCAGCCAGGUCGGUGAAGUCGCUUUCAACGAAUUCAAAAGUUACAUUGAAACAGUUGCCAGGAACAUUCACGAGGCUGCAGAACAGGCCAAGCCUGUGGCGGAGACGUCUCUGUCAGAAUGGAUUCGGGCAGCCAUCUGGUGGUUCCUGCGCGGGAGGUCGCAGUUGGAAUUACACGCACGGUCCCGCAACACUGCACCAGCAAUUCAUGCAAAACAGGCUAUCAUCAACUUGGGGAAGGCAUUGUGGAUCAACGAGAAUGUUGUCCCCGGCCACUUCGAACUCGCCCGAUAUGGCUCUAUCAGCGUCGAUGCGAUCUUGGCCAUCGCUAGUACUACCGGCCAAAAGGAGACGGUUGAACUUUUGAGCGCUCACGUCACAAUGAUGAAUCACCUUCGCUCUCUUUCCUUGUCUAUCAAACGCAACAACAUCCUUGCCAAUACUCUUGCAGAAAGUGAUCAUUCUCUCAGCCAGCUGGACGUAUCCAUUUGGGUGCGAUAUCCCUACUUCGCUUCGGAUGUGUCUGCGGUCCUUUCUGGGAAUGCUUCGCGAUCCAUGUUAGCCGAGACGUCCCUCAAACCUCGGAGUCUGGUGAACAUGAUGCCAUUGGGAGACACCAGCCAGUUCUUCACCUAUGGGACUAUGUUUGUGCAAGCCUAUGUCAGUUCGAAAGAAGACGAGAAUCAGCAGUACGCUAUGCCAUGCGCGCUGUCAAUCACGCGUGAGCGGUCAGAUUGGUAUGUAUGUACGACGAUUACGAGUCAAAGUCCGCUCGUCAAUGUGAUGAUUCAGGGCGAUCGCAAGCUGGGGUCUACCUGGGAAGACGUCGAAUGGGACGAGCGAAAUCACUCUAUGCGAUUGAAGCUGCCUCGGGGUUUCGAACUUGAUAUUUUAUUUUCGGACGACGAUUUUAGAACCCUGUGGAACAUCGUCAAGUACAUGCAGAACUCGGAAGCGAGCCUGUCUCCCGAGGCCGGCGAGACCGUCGUCUUUGAGAACACCGUCAAGUCAUUUCAAUAUAUGGACCCCGCUACACCUCCUGCAUUCCCGGCGGAACCCGCAGACAGAUGUCGGAUACGUGUCUUUGAACGACAAGUUACAAUUACCGAAGGAACCGGAUCGCGAAAGGCUCACCGUGGUUUCCGUCUGAGCGUGUUGACCAGUCCUAAGCUCAAAACAAUGAGCAAUGUGACCCACCGUCUGGGUGUCGGUUGGCCGGUGGUGUUCGGUCUAUUGCGCGGAGAAGAUGGCAGCCCUGCCCUUCUUUUGAAGGUGACCGAAGAUGGCCGCACACGAUCGUUGUUGAUGACAUUCCAUGAAGUUGGGGAGCGAACAGAGAUGCAUUCCCUACUUUUGAGCAUGUUGCCGCGCGACCAAGAGACGGUUACACGAGAACUGCCAUUGCGAUCCUAUGCGCUCGAGGAGCCGGCAAAUCUAGCGAGUGGUCGUCCUCCUCAUACGCAUUUGCAAUUCCCCGCCAGUCAUGCCAGUGUCAUUGAUCAAGAACACCACCUCGUCAAGCACGGAUACGGCCCAACGAUUCUGUCUGAGCAUUUGCGCGCUUUUAUUGCAACUGAAUGGGGCUCUGUAACCGAUCGGAUUAACCUGGGUAAGAAUGCCCAGUGGCCGAGGAUACUUGAUUUGCUGCUGACCAUAUAUAUAUUUUUAUAA